UACACCUCUUAACAAAACCCACAGGCGAUACACCUCGUAACUAAACCCACUCCCAUUUCUCCGACGAUCCGAUCGGCGACCACCACUUAACGGCGGUCCUCCGAUACGCCGACCGGAGACCACCACUACCUGGUUCAUUUCAUCAGUCAUCACUUAAACUCUGUAACAGAUUUUGAUUUCUGAUAACUGGAAUAAGCUUCAACAUAGAGAAAAAUGCCACAUAAAACCCGUCCAAUGGCAGCACUUUUGCUGUUUACUGGAUUAAAUGUUGUUUUAGUGUCGACGAUUUCUCCCGUUUAUGAUUUUGUCUGCUUUCUCCCAUAUUGGGAAAGAAGGAGAGAACGUAGGCGUCAAGAACGCGAAGCUGCUCUAUCAAAGGGUUCAACAUCAGGAUGAAGAUGAACUAAUAAAGAUUACAGAGGAUGCUCACUGGUUCAUGAAAGAAGGUUACUUGAUCUUUUGGUGGUUAGUGAUGGUCCUCACUAAAUUAUGGAUGCUUGCAUUUGACCAUUUUUGUUAUUAUUUUUAUCUUUUUUCUAAAAGAAAGUCUGGUUACUGAAACACUCAAUUUUUUGAUUUGUUGGUUAUACUGAACUACUAGUAAAAAACUUGGGAGUUGAAAACAGAUGAAUGUGACAUGUUUUAGAAUAUGAUAGUACAAUUGUUUAGGGAAA